AUGUCAGAACUGGAGAAUUAUAGAAUUUUAGGUCCUUUAGGCCGUGGAACAUUCGGCUUAGUUAAAUGUAAUUCUUAAGCAGUAGCUGAGCAUCUAGAGACAAAAACAAAAGUGGCAUUGAAAUUUUUAAAAAAGAAAACAAUUUCAGAAAAAUCUAUGAUUUCCAAAGUAAAAAGGGAAAUCAAAAUACUGAAGAAAUUCCAGCACCCUCAUGUGAUUAAAUUAUAUGAAGUAAUCGACACCUGCACAACUUUUAUCCUUGUCCUUGAGUAUUUGCCAAGAGGGGAAUUAUAUAAUUAUUUAGAAAAAAAGGGAAAAUUAUUAGAAGAUGAAGCCCGCAUCUUUGUGGAGCAAAUCCUUUCUGGAUUGGAGUUUUGCCACUCGCACAGAUUAGUUCACAGGGAUAUCAAGCCUGAAAAUCUGCUUCUUGACCUAAACGGAAAUAUAAAAAUUGCUGAUUUUGGACUCUCUAAUGCUAUAAGAGAUGGAGAGUUCUUAAGUACUUCGUGCGGAUCACCAAAUUAUGCGGCACCUGAAGUUAUUUCAGGAAAUAAGUAUUGUGGGCCAGAAGUCGAUAUAUGGAGUACAGGGGUAGUUCUUUAUGCUUUAUUAACAGGAGCUUUGCCAUUUGAUGAUACAAGUAUUCCAGCACUUUUCACAAAGAUAAAAUCAGGAAAAUUUUCAAUACCAUACCAUAUCAGUGCUGAUGCAAGAGAUUUAUUAUGCAGAAUGUUAAAUCCUGAUCCUGUGGGACGUAUCACAAUUCAACAAAUAAAAGGACAUCCCUGACUAUACACAGAAAACCUUCUGAUGAAAAAAGAUACAAAGGAUUUCGCUGUUUCAUAUAAGCUGCUUUUAAACCAAAAACUAUGUUCAGAAACAGCAAAGUUUGAUGGCGUGAAAAGAACAUCACUGGUUAAAGAUGAUACGCUAGAGAGCUCUGGAGGAGAUCUGUCUACUAUGGAUUCUAUAAGGGGCGAGUCAAAAGAGCUGGUGACACUGUAUGAGUCCCCAAACAGUUGGGUCUAUGGAUUCAGAACUAAUAUGGAUCCUUCAAAAUUCAUGGUCAUUUUGAUUAAUUCGCUUAAAGAGUCAAAAAUAGAAUGGAAGAUUAUAACAAAUUUUAGUUUAGAUUUAAGAUAUUGAACUCAGAACAGAAGCUUGAAGAUGCAUUUGAUCAUUUAUAAGUAUGAAAACUCAUUUGUGUUAGAUUUUAAGUUGGUCAAGGGAAAGGUAAUGAUCUUCUUAGAUUGUCUUCAUAGAGUUUAUCAAUUUUUUAAUAUUCAUACUUCUUAUUAA